UACGUGCACACCUAAUACAUCGAACAAUCUCCGUAUAGGGACUACGCAGCGUAGUCUACGCGAUAUACUUAUGCAACAACAACUGUGACAACAACAGCAACAACAAGUACGCAUCAAAUCGUUGCAAAUCUGACGCGAGUGUCCCGCGUCCAACGUCUAGUAUCCCAUCAAUCGAUGCAUUUUAAAACCUGGGAGCCUUCGUUUUUAGGCCGUUUUACAGAAGUACGGUCUGGGAAUUUUUCUGAACAUUAAUCACAAAAGGUCAGUCUGCAAUGCACGCGAUGGCAUGUGAUUUCCGUAACGCUGUCCAUGAUCGUUAAAAGCCUGCUGAUACUGAACCGACACAGGAUGCAGUUACACUGGCGACAAGAUGGCCAGCUGAUGGCGACGACGUCCGAUGCACGCGUGUAUGUACUCGACUGUAUCUUUGGCCUACUUACUCCUCCAUAAUUUAAUCGGUGGAGCCUGGUGUCAGGCAGGAGACAUCUCGUGUUAUUUUUGCGGCACAUCAUCCACAUUGUAUCCGGCGGCCAACAUCACCGCCUGCCGCGGUGAGCAGCGCAACACGCCGGCGUACCGCACGUGGGCGUGUAUGCCGGGGAAUCUGUGCGGCAUCAUCUACUACCUCAAGAACCCGCCCUACUACUACCGCCAGUGCAUCGGGAGUAUGAUAGCCCAGGGCAUUGCCAGCCAGUAUCCCUGGAGCGAUCUGGAGCCGGUGGUGUGCCAGGCGGGGACCGCCGAGUGGCGCAAUGAGGCGACUGGUGCCGCCGGGACGGACAACACCAUGACGUGCAUCUGUCAGGGGAAGCUGUGUAACUGGUAUCCCGAGACCUCCAUCCAGAUCGCCAUGGAUAAUGCCGGCAAACCCAAGCCCCAGCGAGCACAGAUUCCACCAAUUGGCGGCGCCGUUUCCGGCAGUGCGACGAGCGGCGCGGGGAAGCCGGCAGCAGCGGGGUCCGGCGGUAGCGGGUCCCUGAAUUCCGGUGCAGGAACCAGUGGAUCCGGUGGGGCCGUGGGUGGCAGUGGCGGCGGUGAUACAGCGGGUGGUAACGCCGCUGGCUCCGAUGACCCGGGUGCAGUCGGUAACGCGAUGGAUAGCGGGGACCUCAAAGGUGGCGGUACAGGAUCGGCGGGUGGUCGAAGCGGGAAUUCCACCGGGAACGGAACGACCACGGAUCCCGCUGCACAAGGGUCCGGCUCCAACCUGGGACUGAUUGGUGGAGUUGCCGGCGCCGUGCUGCUCCUGAGUGCGGUGGGUGGCGGUGUAUACUGGUGGCGGAAAUCUCGCGCGGCGAAGAAGAAAAAAAAGGAGGGGGAAGACGAGGAAGAGGAUGAAAUGUGAUAGUUUAAGAUACUGUUCGAGCAAUCUUGGCUGGCAGAUGCCCCGCUGUCCAGCAUAGAUUCAACCUUGGUUUUCCAGGGUACUGUCGGUGUAGGCAAAAAUCUUCUUUGAUCUGUAUUCGCACCUUGGUGUGUCUGUGUUCUGGCAAAUUUGUAAACUUUGUAUGCGACUAUGCCGACCACAUGUUUGCAGCAAUUUGAUUUUAUGUGGAAAGCGGGGAGGCGGUGAUCGAGAGCGUAUUCAGGUUUUUUUGUUUAAGUUGUUGGGUGGAUGGUCCGUCCAUAUCGUGGUUAAUUAGAGUACCUAUUACCGUGACUGGAGCGUCAUAAAUUACGAUUGCUACUCUUUUCUGUUGUUUUAUUAUGAAUGCUUGCUGCUGAGAAUUGCACUGUGCCGAGCAGUCAGCGCGUCAUGACAACAGAUAUAAAUGUUCAACAAUUUUCUGCCGCACUGUAAUUUAUUCGACUGUUUACUGUAUUAAAUUU